GAUUUCGUUCCCACACAUAAGCUCUCGCGGGUCUUUUAAAAGCCGUCGCUUAAAAGUUUGCCUCCACAGUCCUUCACAAAUCACAACUACAAGACGCCAAGUGAAUCACAACCACUGCAAUUCUUCUCCCUCUAAAACUCCACAAAUCUCCGAAAUGGAGAAUCUAAGGGCUCCAUUUCGGGGUAUUGUGGAUGAUAUCAGAGGAAGAGCGGCCUGUUAUAAGCAAGAUUGGAUUGAUGGUCCACUUUCAGGAAUUGGAAUUUUAGCCCCAACUGCUUAUAUUUUUUUCGCUUCUGCACUUCCUGUUAUUGCUUUUGGUGAGCAAUUGAGCCGAGAUACAGAUGGAAGGUUGAGCACGGUAGAAACAUUGGCUUCCACAGCAAUUUGUGGCAUACUUCAUUCAAUUCUUGGUGGGCAACCUCUCCUAGUUGUAGGAGUUGCAGAACCUACAAUUAUUAUGUAUACCUAUUUGUACAAUUUUUGCAAGAAAAGGCAUGAUAUAGGGGGGGACCUCUUCUUGGCUUGGGCAGGAUGGGUUUGUGUCUGGACAGCCCUCUUGCUGUUUCUUCUUGCUAUAUUCAAUGCUUCCACUCUUAUCAACAAAUUUACAAGGAUUGCAGGGGAACUUUUUGGCAUGUUAAUCUCUGUUCUGUUCAUUCAAGAAGCUAUUAAGGGAGUGAAGAGCGAAUUUGAAGUUCCCCAGACCGAGAAUACAAGUUUAGAGAAGUAUCAAUUUCAUUGGCUUUACACGAAUGGAUUACUGGGAAUCAUCUUUACUUUUGGCCUUCUCUAUACUGCCUUGAAGAGCAGAAAUGCAAGAUCGUGGUUGUAUGGGACAGGCUGGCUAAGGAGUUUCAUUGCAGACUAUGGAGUUCCUCUGAUGGUUAUAGUAUGGACUGCACUAUCAUUUAGUGUACCAAGCAAAGUCCCAUUUGGGGUUCCUAGAAGACUUCAAAGUCCUUUGGCAUGGCAAUCUACUUCUCUGUACCAUUGGACCGUUAUCAAGGACAUGGGGAAGAUACCUCCUGCAUACAUCUUUGCAGCCUUUAUUCCUGCUGUGAUGAUUGCAGGACUUUAUUUUUUUGAUCAUAGUGUUGCUUCUCAGAUGGCACAACAAAAGGAGUUUAAUCUCAAGAACCCUUCUGCUUACCAUUAUGACAUCCUGUUGCUGGGAUUUAUGACAUUGCUUUGUGGGUUAAUUGGGCUUCCUCCUUCAAAUGGGGUUUUGCCACAGUCCCCCAUGCACACCAAGUGUCUUGCAACUCUCAAGAGGCGUUUGAUGCGGAGGAAGAUGGUAGAAAGUGCAAAGGAAAGCAUAAAAAGGAAAGUUAGUGAUUCUGAGAUCUACGGCCAAAUGCAAGCUGUGUUCUUAGAAAUGGAGAGUAGCCCAAUUACGACAUCAGUAGUCAAAGAGCUGGAAGAUUUAAAGGAGGCAGUCAUGAAAGGUGAAAGUAAGGAUGAAAAUGCAAAUGUUACAUUUGACCCAGAGAAGCAUAUUGAUGCUUAUCUUCCUGUUCGAGUGAACGAGCAAAGAUUGAGCAAUCUGUUGCAAUCACUUCUAGUGGCAGCAUCAGUAUUUGCUUUACCAGCAAUAAAGAAGAUACCAACAUCGGUUCUCUGGGGAUACUUUGCGUAUAUGGCCAUUGACAGUCUACCUGGAAACCAAUUUUGGGAAAGGAUUUUACUUCUCUUUGUAAUGCCUAGUCGACGUUACAAGGUCCUAGAAGGUUUUCAUGCUUCCUUUGUGGAGUCUGUUCCAUUCAAAUACAUAGCCGCGUUCACUCUAUUUCAAUUUGUAUAUUUUCUCAUUUGUUUUGGAGUGACUUGGAUCCCCAUAGCUGGAGUCUUGUUUCCUUUGCCUUUCUUCCUUCUCAUUGGCAUCAGACAUCGCAUCCUUCCCAAGCUACUCCAACCUCAUUAUUUGCAGGAGCUUGACGCAGUUGAGUAUGAAGAACUAACCGGUACCUCAAUUCUCUCACUUAGCCUGUCUAUCAAGGAAAAGAAUACCACUCAUAUAGUUGAUACUGAAGAUAAAGUUGAAAUAUGUGAUGCUGAAAUACUUGAUGAGUUGACAACUCAUAGAGGGGAGUUGAAAGUUAGAACUAAAAGCUUCAACGAGGAUAGACACAGUCAGAUCCAUCCUGACCAAGGCACUGAUAAUGGCAAAUACUAAAAGUUGAGAUUUCGACUGAAAGUGAUACAAAAUUCAUGUGCGUAUGUAUCCAUCCUCUUAUUAUGAUCUUGGAAAAUAAAUGUAAAUUUGGAAGGAUUUGUAAUUACUUAUAGGAAUGCCAACAAGAGCGUAGCUCAACUGGCAUAGUAUUUGUACUAUCGACCUUAAGGUUUGAGGUUCGAUUCCCCUACCCACACUUUAAUUACAAUACCUUUAAAAAAAACAAAAAAAAUUGCUUAUAGGAAGUUGGCUAAUACAACAUUUACUGUCUUCUUUUCA